UUAUUCACAAUCAUUUCUUCUGUAUUUUUUGCCACAGAGGAAAAAAGUGAUUGUGUAAUUUCAGAAUACCUUUCUGUCUAAUUUCAAGUUGUAAGCAGUAAUCACAGUAAAAUGAAACCUAUCAUAUAUCCACUGGUAUGAUUAAGUGAACGAAGCGACUAGGUUGAAGGAACUAUUCACCAAUAAGGAUGCCCAUAGUGAAUAUAUCCGAACCUAACACCCAAUCCAUUUACUUUUGAACUGUCAAUUAGAAUACGUGACCUGGUGUUAAUAUUUUGAAUUUUUUUUGACUGUUUAAGGAAAAGACGCACUUGGUCAGUAAAUAAAUAUGUAAAAUAUAUUUUGUUUUCACGUAAAUUUUAUAUAUUUUCUAUGGAUUUGAAAGAGCUGCUAAAGAAAUGUGCGGCCAAAAGGCCAGACAUUUCACCCCAGGAUGCUCUUAAUACGGAGUCAGAACUGUUCAGCAAAUAUUAUUUGGAAAGAAAGAAGAAGGAAGAGCAGGCAGAUAUAACAUACAGUGCUAUUCCACAGUUCUAUUUUAAGCUUCCAAAAGAUGAUGAAAUUCUGUCACAGAAACUACGUGAAGAAGCGCGUGCUACCUUUCUUCAGCGCCGUGGACGGCAGUUGUUGAACAACAAUGAGUUGAAGGCCUUGUGGGUCCUUCUUGAUAAACAUCACAGCCAGCCACACUCUGAAGAAGAGCAACUUAUUAAUUAUGAAGAUUUUCUGCAUGUGGCAACUCUAGGUGGCCCAAAAUGCAAAAAUUACUUCACUGCAGCUGUAUUUGCAAAACUUCAACAUGGAGAUCCAUAUGGACGUAUCAGCAUCAUGGCUCUUUUCAAUUACAUCAUGAGGAAAGUUUGGUACCAUCAGACUCGUAUUGGACUCUCAUUGUAUGAUUUUGUUGGUCAAGGCUACCUUCGUGAAGUAGACCUUGAAAACUAUAUCUUGGAGCUAAUCCCCACAUUGCCACAACUUGAUGGACUAGAGAAGUCAUUCCACAGUUUCUAUGUAUGUACAGCUGUGCGUAAGUUCCUGUUCUUCCUAGAUCCACUUCGCACAGGUCGUGUGCGCAUUCAGGAUAUUCUGGCAUGUAGUUUCCUAGAUGAUCUACUUGAGUUGCGUGAUGUGGAGCUUCCUAAGGACCUCCAGGACACAAAUUGGUUCUCUGCUCCAUCUGCAUUGAGAGUGUAUGGACAAUACCUGAACCUCGACAAGGACCAUAAUGGCAUGCUUAACAAGGAGGAGUUGGCCGGAUAUGGAACAGGGACUUUGACAAAAGUAUUUAUGGAGCGUGUGUUUCAAGAGUGUCUAACUUAUGAUGGUGAAAUGGACUACAAAACAUACCUAGACUUUGUUCUUGCCAUGGAGAAUCGUCAUGAGCCACAGUCUUUACAGUACCUGUUUCGAAUUCUUGACAUCAACAACAAAGGCUAUUUGGAUGUGUUCUGCCUUAAUUAUUUCUUCAGGGCAAUUCAAGAACAAAUGACUUUUCAUGGACAAGAACCAGUUCCAUUCGAAGAUGUCAAAGAUGAAAUAUUUGACAUGGUUAGACCAGCUGAUCCAUACCGAAUUACUCUACAGGACUUGCUCAGUUGUGGUCAAGGUGAUACCAUGAUAAGCAUCCUUAUAGAUCUGAAUGGAUUCUGGACUUAUGAAAAUAGAGAAGCAAUGGCAGCAGACACACGUGAUGGACCAGCAGAAGUGUGAAAUCCACAAGUGUAUUACAUAGGAAAUUGUUCAAUAUGACAUGAAUUUUAAAAUAAAUCCCAAGUAUUCUAAGUGUAA